AUGGGUCUGGUCGACUACUCCUCGUCCUCUGACGAUGAAGCUUCAACGCCACCCAAGAAGCGCCUCAAGGGGCAACGUGAUCUCUCCGACUCCAACAUACCCCCUCUGCCUGCUGCCUUCCACAAUCUGUACGCGUCUACCGUCCGGCAGAGCGUAGUCGAUGACCCAAGCUUGCACCAGGGGCGGAGGCGGCUCAAUCCUCAUGUGCCCGGACACUGGCCCACGCAUCUCUAUAUCGAGUGGCACCCGACCAAAGUGCAGCACGACACGCUCCAGGGCCUCAUCAAAAGGACUCAACAAGAGCUCGGCGACGGUGUCCAGCUUCACGACUUUCUCAACAGCCAUCUUGGAACCGACUUGCCUCUGCAUAUUAGUCUCUCGCGACCUCUGAGCUUGCCUACACCAAUCAAGGACGACUAUCUCUCCAAAGUCGAACAUGGAAUUCGCAGUUGUGGAACGGGUGUUUUCUCGGUCAAACCCUCCGGAUUGGCGUGGUACAAAUCCCCAGAUUCAGAUCGCACAUUUUUCGUCCUACGCGUCGUCACUUCUGCUCUUACAAAGCGUACAAGCUCCCGUGACGAUCUCGGACAUGUGCGACUGUCGACCAAUCCGGAGCUCACGCUGCUUUUGACAAGGUGCAACACGGUAGCAGCGCAUUUUGAUCAGGCCCCUCUUUAUCAACAGACGACAAAAGAGCCUGUGGAUGCGGCGUUUCACGUCUCCAUUGGAUGGACACUGGGGGCGCUCGAAGAAGAGACGUGCCUGAAAGUGUUGAAGUUCUUUCGAGACAAAGAGUUUGAGGACAUAUCCGCGUGGAAUGUCAAGGUGGACGGGGUAAAGGCCAAGAUUGGCAAUGUGGUUACCCAUAUACCCUUGGCGGGAAACGUCACGACAAAAAGCGACGACGACCUUGCAGACUCGCUAUACUGUUCAUGA